UGGGUGGGUGGGAUGGCGUGACCUGUGACAACCGUUGUAUCAGGCCGUGGUGGCCGGUGGUGUGUUGUGUGCACAGUUCAAGGACCCUUCUGAUACUCUCUCCACCCGUUAUGGGGUCAUUCCGGGUGGCGUGAGUUGCUGCCGCUCACUGCCUAAUCUCAGCUACCGGGAAAAAAGUGCUUAAUUGACAUUAACUGUCGCUUAUUGAGCAAGGAUAAUGGCCAGGAGGGUGAAGGAAAAAUGGAACUUUUAACAAGUCAAUGGCCGGCCGGCUAUUUUGGUCCCGUCGAGGCCACAGGAGACGGCGCUCUUCUUCAGGAAAAUUCAGCUGUGCCCUGGUGGACUGCCCUCCUGUGCUCUGUCCUAGUGGUCUGCCCUACUCUCAUGAUUUUCAACCAUCUCAGCUGCCACGACCACUGGAAUCACCUACUAUAACAAUCACCACUACCACCACUCUUGUUAUUUACUACAACAACAACCGCUGUCCCUACUGACAGUACUUCUUGGAUGUGAAUUAGACACUAGAACUGGUAAUAGAAAUAUUACAACAGUGUGUAUGGCUAAGAUAUUCAAAACAUGCUGCUCGAUAAAUCCAAUGAUGACUUGCUUAAGCCGUAUAGACCUAUAUUGGCGCCUAGUCUGUUGGAAACAAUAGACGAAUGACCAAGUCCUAUACUGUGCUGUGAAAUUUAAAUAUGUCUUGAACCGAGUUAAAUAUUUUGUUACAUACGAAUGUGACUGUUGGCGAUGCAUCGACCCUUUGAACGUUCUUGAGCGAUGCUGAGUUGUUGCCAUCUUUGUUGCAACAAUGUCGUGGAGCCGUUUACGGGGUGGGAUUCAGGCUGAGGAUCAUAACAUCUUCAGAGUAUACAAAGCGCACGUGUGUGAGGCUCGUCUGGUCCUGUACAACAUCCUCAGGUGGGGGUGCCGCAAGAGCCCAACUCAGUCCUUUGAAGAAUACCUGAUCCACGAUGUGGGUCUUCUUCAGGGAGUAUACAACAGAAAGUUUACAAAAACUCAAAAAGAAAAGAUUCGCUCCAGUCCCACUGGUGAUAAAUUUGAUAUAACACUGCUUUUCAAGAUGAUACAAGUUGCGUGCCACUCUCUGGCUCCGGAGAAUGACGACACGUGGCAUAUAAAAGACUUCACUCGACUCGAGUACUUGUUAACUUGUAUCAAGAACUCUCGCAAUGACCUGGCCCACAGUGAGAGUUUUACCAGCAAGUCGGAAAUGGUACAAGGUAUAGAAACAUUACGAAACUUGUUGAUAAAAACUAUGAGAGUAGGAGCUUACCUUUACUGCGUUGAUCUUGCUGAAGUUGGAAAUCUCAUCAGUGAAAUGAACCGUAACCUUAACAAUAUAAGGGACCAAUUUUUCACCCCAGAGGACAUUAACCAGUACCGACACGCCUUGUUAUUUGACAGCCUUAGAGAUAUUCUGUGUGUUGAGGGAGUCGAGGAGUUAAAGAAAAUAUAUGGUAAAAAGGUUUUUGUCAACCCAUUCUCACUGAUAGAUAACAGUGAGUGGCACCUCCAAGUGAACACAGUAUUUGUCUGCCUUCAUAUUAAACAUUCUAAAGCUAACAAAAAACACUCUCAAGUUAAUUAUGAAGACCUGUUAGAGUACAAUAACUCACCUGAAGGUGAACAACCUGACAAUGGAAGUGACAGAGUUAUAUCUGAAGGCAAUGCGCAGCUGCCUUCUAUGCUGCUUCUGGAGGGAUGUGUGGGAAGUGGGAAAACCACUUUACUGAAGCUCGCCAUAUCUGAGUGGAUAGCCGGCACAGGCUCUAUCAAGGGCCUGUCAGAGUAUGACCUCGUCUUGCACUUAGAGUGCCACGACUCCUACACAGACUCCCUCACUAAGCUGCUCUUGUCUGAUAUGCCCAAGACGGCCUCAAAAAUUAGAAAAAAUGACCUACUUCAUAUUUGCUUGAGCCUCAAAAUUUUAGUCUUGAUUGAUGGAUUAGAUGAACUCAAUCAGUCAUCAGAGAAAUUGUUUAGAGAAAUCCUCCAUGUAAUGAAUUCUGCAAAUAUAACUUUAAUUUGUACAACGAGGCCAGAGAAGAUCAAGGAUAUUCAAAAGAUGGCUUCGCAGAAUGUUAAAAUUGUACACUGGAUAAUACAGGGUAUUCCGUCUGAGAAGCGGCAUGAUUUUGUUGGGCUAUACCACGAGGAGUUGAAGCAGAGAGGACUAAGUCACCAAGAGACAGACCAUUUGAUACAGUACGUACGCCAGGCACCGCCUCACUUGCAUGAUUUCUUCAGAUAUCCCCUAAAUCUUGUGCUUCUGGCCGCCUUCUGGGCCAGAGCACAUGAAAGGAUUAGCCAGGUAACCUCCACCACAUCACUGUAUAUCGAGACACACAAUCUGUUGAAGGAAAAGCUAUACGAGAGACUCAAGCACAGGCCCACGACACAACACUUGAACCUCACACAGAUGCAAGACAAGUGUGAACAGUUCCUGAGUGUCAUGUAUCAAGAAGCAUUAGUUUCCUUGGGAAGAGAUGCAGUUCAUCUGGAUUCGAAGACUACACACAAGCUUAAAGACGUGUGUUCCAGAUAGGUCUGCCUUCAGAUGAGGUGUUUUCAGCUUUUUUUACGUUUAUUUUAAUCAAAACGUCUUCAGGGUACACGAGUGAACUAAGUUUCCAACACAAGGGGGUUCAAGAUUUUUAUGCAGCGAAAUGUGUAACAGCAUUAAUCACAGAUAAACCAUUUCCUGAAGAAGGUUGUUUUCUGAAUAAACUUAAUGAUUUUCUCCAGCGAAUGAAAGUACCAGACUAUUAUGGUCAGCAGAUCACCAAGUGCUCCACUGAACUUGACAAGAAACGCACCAUCCGCAGCGUUCUUGAGGAACUUAACCGUGUAGAUCAUACGCCCUUGGACAUCAGUAAAUACCGAAAUGUUCUCUAUAAUUUAGCUGGCCUUGUGAAGAUACAAGGUCCUGAUGCAAUGGAGAGAUAUGCUCCGGAGAUUGUCGAACUCUUGAAGGAGUCGGCAGACACGCCAUUUGAAUACCUGGUAGAUAUGCUGAAGGAGGCUGACCAUGACAUAAAUCUGGCCAGAGAAAUCUCAAAAUAUAUUCCUAAGUUCUGUUGGACAGUGACAGAUGGGCAAGUACAAGCAGCAGCACGUCUUCUACGUUACAACUGCCCCACUCGUCUGAUCAUUGAUAUUGUGGGUGACCCAAAUCAGGUGGUACAGCUUGAGAGCCUACUGGAGGCUGUGUCUAGGUGCAAUUGUUCAGUACAAUUGUACCUGCACCAUCACUGGCGCCACCCACAAGCCGGCCUCUCUGACUCCUUCAUCCAUGUCCUGGCAAAUGGCAGACGGAUGGCCAUCACAUCCACAAAAUAUAACCCUGCUGGAUCACAAAAUGACCUGGACACACACAGGUCACGUGAUGACCUAAAACCUGCUGGCUCAGGUCAUGGGUCACAGGAUGAACUACGUACAUCACCACCUCUUGGCUCAGGUCAUUUGUUACAUGAGUUACAGA